AUGACGCUCACUUUUGAGUUUCGUUUGCUGCCUUUCAAGCUCCUCUCCAACGGUCCAAGAACCUCCAAGAUGCUCAAGCCGUGGCUAGCUGGGGCGUUCCUUGCCUCUCUUCAUGGCAGUGCCUUUGUCGCUGCUGACGAAUGGGACAGCCAUGUGGACGCCAUCAUGGCCAACUUCACCACCCUCGACAUCGUUGGCCAGAUGACGCAGAUCGCGGCGUACGGAAUCGUCAACUCGACGUACCAACUGGAUGAAGGCGCGACGCGCGAGUACUAUGGAUGGCGCGUGGGGCUGGACGACUGCGCAAAUGCGCGCGUUCGUCACUCGAAUCCAGGAGGUCGCAUGGAGGAGAACGACGGGCACCCCAUGAUCUAUGGCAUCGACGCACUUCACGGCAACGCGCUGCUGUCCGACACGGACCUAGAGGCCGCCAAAGAGUACGCCAGCAAGGCGGAAUACACGAUCGAGUACGUGGACGCACUUGCGGCGACCGGCACCAAAAACCUGCCGCAAAACGAGUUUGUGGUGAUCGAUGGUCUGCUCCUCUGUGAGGUCGGAGGCCAGACUACGGUGGAAAUCCUGUUCGGCGAGGUGAAUCCGAGUGGCCGCUUGCCGAUCACGUACCCCAAAGCCACGGGCAACGUGAUGAUCCUGUAUCGCCACCGCGUGACGAAAGAUUACACCGACUUCACGUACUCGAACCUGACCCUGAGCACGACUAACGUGACGUCAAGCUCCCAGUCGCUGUCGGGUACUUUAGCUGGCAAGGAGACGCUGAAGAAGUUCACGAAGAUCAGUCUGGAGGCGGGCGGGUCGCAGACGGUGGACUUCACGCUGACGUCGGCCGACUCAGAUCGGACAGGGUCUGAAGCUGGUGGCGGAGGAUACGGCCUACGUGAUCGCGAUCAAGCCGGAAAACGGACUGCGACGUGUACAACGAGUCAGCGGCUGUGCGCUACGUUCACCCUGGCGACGGGCGAGUAUCCGUUCGGCUCACUUGUGGCGGAGUAG